UGGAAAUUAUUGCCGGCGGAAAAGUUUUCACGAAAAUUGGAAAAUCAGGGAAAUUGAUUCUGACCAGGAACUUCACGAGUAGUAAGGUGAAAAGAUAAGAGGAGUUGAAGAAGUGGUGUGUGUGGAACGCAACGCAUGAGCAGCAGCGCGGAGGUCGGCGGAUCCCGGAUUUUGGGGUGUGCGUAGACGAGCACGGGCUCGGGUUUCGGUUGUGAAAUCGUUAUCGUCGGAGGAAAAGUGGUUCUCGGAUCGUGCGUUCUCGGGAAAAUAAUCGAAGAUUACACGGAAGAAAAUCUGUAAAUUUGAGUUGAUCUGAUGCGAAGAAGAAAGCGAGAAAAAUGGAUGAAACAUAUCUGAAAAACCUCGAAACGGCAGCCCACAUUAUCAUGGCUCCACCGAAUUCCAUCACCAACCAGCAGCGACAGGAAUCGGAAGUUCUUUUUACCAACUUCCGUAAAACCAAGAACCCGUAUUCGCUAUGCCAAGCGAUUCUGGAGAAAUCGUCCGUCGAUUUGGUGUUGUUCGAAGCGGCCGACGUGCUGAAGAAGGCCGUGGUCGGAGAAUGGAAGUUUAUCUCGGAGCAGGAUCGUGUCUCGCUGCGCCAGUACCUGUUGAACUACGUGACGCAGCGAGAUAUCCCAGUAUUCAUCCGGGACAAGCUGCUGCAGGUGGUGGCCAUCAUGAUCAAACGUGCUAGCCUGGAAGACCACGGUGUGGAGCGUGGCCAGAUUAUUGAGGAAACGAAAAAAAUGCUCACCUCCGGCGAUCUCAAGCAGCAGAUUCUAAGCUGCAGUAUCAUGCUCGCCAUCCUCGAAGAGUACUGCAACAUAGUCCGCUCGGACGAUACCGGGCUCAACACGUUGGAACACUUCAAAGCGAAGAAACAAUUUGAAGAUUCGGAUCUGCUAAAGACAUUCGUCAUGACAUUACAGGCAAUGAUUGACAUUGUGAGCGCAUUUGAUGGUACCAACAGCAUGCAGAUGUACUUGUUUAAGCAGCUACUCACCGUCAUGGAGACCGUACUUACAUGGGGCUUUCUGCUGCCGAACCUACAGAACAUGCGAGUCAUGCACUCGCUGUCGAAACGUAUUAUAGAUACGUCGGAAACGGUCACCAAGGCACUGCAUGCACCUCCGCUACGCCUGCAGGCACAGUGGAAGAGUGUGAUUUUCGAUCCGAAGGUGUUGGAAGUGUUCUUUCAUACAUACUGGAAGACUCGCGAGAUCGAUGAACUGCAACCGAAGGCCCUGAUAUGCAUGCUACAGCUGUCAACUCUGCGGGGUCCUAUCAUCACGGAGAACAUCGACGAAAGUAUGUCCUACUUGGCGAACUAUCUCACUCACUUCCUAUCGAUGAUGACCAACAUGGAAAUCAAGGACAAAGAAGCUUAUAGUUUUUCGCUUAUCCUCCGCAAACUCUUUCAGUUCCUGCCUACCGAAAUGUUAAAGAUGCUACCCAACUCACUAUUUGAAGCUUCAAUACAGCAAUGCUUCACGUUGACUAUGAAAUUCUUCGAGCUAUCCGCGGCCGAAGAAUCUGCUUCACCGGACGAAGCGUUGUACAUCGAUGCGUUAAGCAACAUGCUCGGCAUAUGGUUGUCGUUUUUGAACGAUAAACAGAACUAUCCAAUCGAACCCAUGGUUCCCUACAUAACGCAGAUGUUUGAAAAGUACGUUCAAUGCCACCUAGCACCGCCCCAGGGCGUUCGGGGUGCGGGACGAGAGAACGAAACUGGUGAAAACGAGAUUACGGAGAUUGAAGAAUCGGAUCGAGAGCGAUUCAAGGAGCAGCUUGCAAUAAUGGGUUUUUUUGGGCGAGAAAUACCUUUACAUUCACUAGGGUUGUUAGCUAAGUUGCUCGAGGAUCGAACCCGUAAGUUGGGCACCUACCUGCACAUGCUGCACGCUUCCAAAUCGCUGUCGAUUUCGGACGGAAUGAGUCUGGAAAAUCUUUUCGACGAUAUUCAUUGGCUGCUGCUGAUAAGUGGUCACGUGAUGGCUAUGGAAGCGGAGAGCGAGGAAGCCUCAAUUCCGACAGCUAUCCUCACAAUAUGCUCCCAGCAAGUUGAUGCUGGGAAGACAGACGUAUCUACCAGCUUAAAACUGCUCGCUUCACCGAACCAGGACAUACAGGAGAUUCCAAAUGCGGAAGCUAGCGUCGAUCCGGUUCUACGGCUUAUGGCAGCGGGUUUCCGAUUGUGCGAGCUGGAGAAAACGGCAAUCGAGGUGCGAAUGUACCAAUUCCUGAGUCCUGAACUGAGUGCUACGCUACUCUGGUUCCUACGGCAUUGGUGUGAUUCAUACGUCAUGACGAUCGACAAACCAACGGCGAAUAACAUUUUCUCAAAUGCUUUCGGUGUGGGCACGGGUGGCGCUCUGUGGGUGAUCAACUAUCUGUUGAACAAAAUUUGUCUCAACGCCCAGCAUCUACGGGGCGAGCAGGCCGUCAUGGAGGAAAGCAUUGAACUGCUGCUGGCACUGCAACGCAACAAAGUGCGAGCGCAGACGAUCUUUAACUCGGAGUACUUCCGUUCGAUCUGCGAUUUGAAGAGUUUCGACCUGCCGCUGAACGUGAAACGAAAGCUUCUUCGCGGCUUCGUGACGAUUGCGUGCAGUGUUGAAGGUGACGAACUGCGUAAAGAGUACAUCACGCGAAUCGUGGCGGGAACAAAGGAAAAGUACAACAUCCUGAUGACCACCUUCCAGCAGCAGACCCACGAAGAACAGUUCAAGCAAAAGGUGAUCGAGGUGCUCGAGGAAACAAUCGGCUGUGUGCAGGGUGCGUUCGGUAGCCUGAUGAAGAUAUUGUUUAUAGAACUUCGAAACGUCUGUGAGCAGCUUUCGACCUUUAUGACGGUCUACAAAAACGACACGGUGAUUGUUGAGCUGAUUUUAGAACUGUUGCACGAAUUGGAACAGUCGGCGGAUGUUAAAAUGGUGCGAAUCGGAGUACAUCAAUUCACUGUAGAUGUGAUCGGAGUGUAUGUCAAGCACAACAGCAACCGCAUCUCGCUGGAUCCCACCAACAGUGAGAGAGACCCACAGGAUUUGAUUUUGAUUCUGAAGCUCAUCAAUGGUUUGAGCAUGCGAAGUGUCGUUAAUGAUGACGACGAAGAAACGAUCCAGCAAGCGACAGAUGUUUGCAUUUACAGUCUGAUGAGCAUCGUCCAAUUAAUUACGGGUGAAUUGAUACGCUACCCGGAGCUAUGCUAUCAAUACUACAUCACUAUAACGUCCUUCGUAGAUUUUAAAUCCUAUGUGGUUCCACAACUUCCUUCAGAUUUUUUGAAACAGUUGGUCGCUUCGGUUGAGCUCGGGCUUACCUCUUUCACCUCGGAUGUGGAGUUGAAGUGCCUCGAGUUCAUCGAGGCAUUUGCUGCAGUAGUGCUUGCUCAUCAAAAUCCCGAAUCACAAGUAGCACAGCUCCUGCAAUCGUUCCUAAAGUUGAUGCUCGAUAUGACGAUUGGGCAGAAGAUCGAUUGGAACAAUACCACCGACUGGUACAAAGCUAUGUUCUGCGUGGUGUGUUGCUUUCCGCAGACAUUCAAAGACAUGAUACAGAAUUUUCUACAGGAGCACGUAGACAGCAGUACGGAAAAAGCGAAGGAGAUGAUCAACGAUAGCUUGAUGCGGUUGAACCAAAUCGAGUUUACCAACGUGCGAUUGAUGAAGGUUCGGUUUGUCGAUUGGUUCGACCGGUUCGUAUCACUGGUAAGUCUAAUGUAUAAGAAAUAAAAUGAUAUUUGGUACCUAGCAGCUCUGUUAGAAUGAAUAUAGGAGCAUUCGCAAGUGGAGAGCUAUCUUUUUAAUGCUAAUUCUACAAAUAGACAUAGAGACAGGAGGCAGGGUGAAAUAGUGUGCGCGCGAGUGGAAACACAGGAAGCGGAAAACUUAACGGAACUAAUGGAAUGACAAAGGCAAAGAUGAUAAACGAAUCUAACACCAAUCUCAGUGUUUACCCAAGGACCUCUCUCUGAAUCGUGCUCUAGUUAUGUUUUGUUUCGUACGUUUCGUGUCAGUUCGUUUCGAUAGAUAUGUGGCAAUGAUUGGUGAUAGCCUACACUCUUUCUGUGUUUCACACUUAUCGGUCUUAAGCAUCAACCAAUGUGUAUGUUAGAAUUUCGGUUGCAAUUCCUGCCUCGCUGAACAGGAACUAUUGUAUGCGAAGCGGCUAACGGGUGUCGGUGAGGAUCCAGAUGAAAAAUUCAUGAAAUUAAGAUAUCGGGACUAGAUAGCCGUAUAGAGCAUAUUUUCGAUUUAAAGAGGGUUUAGCUAGGGGCUUACAACAAAUGUAAAACGAAAGUAUGGAAUCGUGUAUCGUUAGACGGAUAAAACGUCCAAACUGAUCAAAAAAGUAGCGAUAGAGGGAGCCAACGAUGCGAACCAAUGCACGACAAAAGCUAAAUUAGUUAUUGAUUGCAAUUUGUAUGAAGCAAAAGUGAUACAGAUUUUUUACGAAUGCACCAUUGCACUUUCCUUACUUCUAAUUUAGAUAGAGAAUAGAGAAUUUUCCAACUCGGUAGGUUUUCUGCAUCGCGAUGCAUUGAGUUCUGGUUAUCCUCCUACAAUGAGGGGCAUUGGGGAAUGAAUUGAAGGAAGUAAAUAAUUUGACAGUACUAAAACGCAAACAUUAGAUCAGGGGUAAAAUGGUUACGCAUUUAAUGCUCGUCCAAUGUUGCUUUCUACCGAACAAAGGUUAACGCAAAAGCGCGAAGCAAGCAAAUAAUGAAUGCAGAACAGAAAAGUUUUUGAAUGUGUGUUUUGUAAUAUUUUAAUAGACCCAGUUGGUUUCUUAAAGGAAUCUUAGAGGCCAACAAUGUUCUAAGUGGCAUCACACGGAUCAACUCAUCGAGUGAGAGAGGCUUAGUGGACAGCCAUGUAUUUUUCAGAUAAUUUUCUUUGUAUCUUUACAAUCAUAUGUCUAUAACUGCGAAAUCAAUUGUGUGAUAAUGAACAUCGACACAACAUUACUUUACUACAUGAUAACCGAUAUGUUCUUAAACGCAAAUGUAACGAUGAAACUCGCAAAGUACCGGCAAGGCGUAAUGGGAACGAUCUAUUCAGUACGUUUGUUAGUUUAAUGCCUUUGCUCUUGUGUGUUAACAAAAUUUUGUUGAUUAGUGUACUAGGUUUUGGAUUGGAAUUGUGGAUUCCUUGAGAAAAAAAAACAGGACAAA